AUGUUGCUCCGAGCGUGUCCACUACUUGCAGCUUUUUCCCUCGCAGCUGCAGGCUCGCCGCUUUGCCUGGCCGAUGGCAUCCCUGAAGAGGAACGUGCCUUUCUGAAGGAUGGUCAAGGCAAUGACAUGCCCGUGGGCAUUUUGGAGCUCAACUGGCCCUCUGCAGGACUCCUGGCUGAGUUGGCCAAGCUAUUGAUCAAGGAGGUGCUGGGUUUCCACGCGGAGAUCGGCGAACCCUUGGGAGGCUCAGGGGCGGCACCCAUCUAUGCUCUCGCGGGGUGUCGCAAUUUCAACUCUGCAAACGACAAGCAAUGCGGAGAGAUGGAGCCUGUGAUGCACGUGAGCUUGGAUUCUUGGAUUGGAAGCUACAGCAGUGCGUAUGAGCAAAUGAAAACGCAUUAUCCGAACAUUGCCCCUCUGGACUUGGGAUCCAUGGGUUACAGCGGGGAGGAGUCUGUGUACGUGCACACCAACCUCUUGCAGGAAGGGUACGAGAAUGAAGGCUUGGCUCUUGAAUUCUACAAAAGUUACAACGUCUCGCAUCACAACGCCAAGCAGUACUUCUCAUCGAUCUCGGACAUUCCUUUUGAAGCCAUCUCUCGGUGCAAUGAGACCGAUUUCUCCAACGCCCAAAGGAUGUCGGACUUCGUGAAGUAUUCCUUGGACUAUGAUGGAGUUGAACAGCAAGGCGGAGACUAUGUGGCCAAGUGUCCAGAUGGCCGUUGGUGGCCUGCGCCGGCGUGUCGCCCCACUCCGCACAACUGCAUUCCGAUCCUCACGGCAGGAACUGGCUGGAAAUUGCAGGCGAUCAUGCAGUGGGCGGUAGCAUAUGGUUUGCCAGCUGCUGUGGGCAUCACGGCCAGUUGGGGCGAUUAUGUGGCCCUACCGCGGGCGCAUCGAGUUCUGCACUAUUGGUGGGUGCCCGAUUCGACCUUUAUCGACUUGGGACCUCAGCCAAUUGGAAUGCCGAGGCAUUCAGCUUUGGAGUGGAGCAUGGGAGACAAGAAGACCAGCGCAGUCGGAAGCUAUGUGGCCAAAAUGGUGAGCCAAGACCUGUCCUCCAAGGCGCGGCCGAUCCAGGAGUUUGUCUCGCAGAUCACCUUUGAACUGAAAGAGAUCAUGGAUCUCCUUUUGCAGGUUCAGAACGAGGGCAGCCGCUACAACGUCUCCUGCGCUUGGGCGCGUCAGAACGUGGCUCGCUGGACCACUUGGGUGCCGGUGAGCACGAACUGCUACGAGGGCUUCGGACUGGCCGACGACCAGGGAGUCCACGUGCAAACUCGAGCCGCGGCAAGCACUUGUGCUGUGUGUCCCGAAGGGACCUUCUCUGAGGAGUUGGCAGAUGACAUUGGGAAGACGUAUCGCUGCAGCGCCUGCCCGAGUGGGACGUACCAAGACAAAGUCUUCUCCAGUUCGUGCAAGCCGUGCGCACGGGGUACCUACAGUGACACCAUUGGCAGAAAGGAAUGCAAACCUUGUGAUGUCGCCUUCUACCAGGGCUUGGAGCACCAAGCGAGCUGCAUGGCUUGUCCUGCAGACCGCACCACACGCUUGCUGGCGGCUACCCGAGAGCAAGACUGUGCAAAGCCAAGCUCAUCGAGCGCGAAGGGCAGUGCGUCCCAUGUGAUGAGGAAACGUUGUGGUGCCCUGUGGGCAGCACCAUCCAGAAGCUGCAAGGUGCCAAUGGAACAGAUGAUGCGGCCAAUCCUCACAUCCUAG